AGGAUCAGAAAACAAAACACAAGCAAAUUUUAUAUCCUUUUGGUUUACAGCACAAAUAAAGGCAGCAGCACUGCAUCCCCCUUUCCUCCUCACCCCACCUCCGGCAAGCAACUCACCACUUCUCUCCAGUGCUUCUCCCUCUAGCUUCUUCCUCCAUUCAUGGCAGGAAAGGCUGAGGUGAUGAUGCCCAUAAGCCAUCCAUUUUGACCCAUGCCAUCCUGUACCUAUCUAUAUACAUACUGCCCCCAGCGCGCACACUCGCAAUCUCUAGUUAUCUACCACUGCUAGCUCCUCUCCCUCUGCUUUUGCCUGCUGCAAGCUUUUGCUUUGGUUUAGGUGCUUCUUUUCCACUCCUUUACUGUUCCCCCACUUUUGCUUGCUUUGUCACGCACACGAAAAGCUCCUGCCUUUACCUUCUCGGACCUUAUCUCCGCCCCGUAGUGGGAUUUGGUGGGAGCUGCGCUGCUUGCCUCCCGCGUUUCUUCGCUCAAUUGGGGUAGCAGCUCGCGGGUGUGCGUGUUCUUGGUCGGAAUCCGUGUUCUUGUGUGGGGAUUGCCCGGUUUCUUGGGCGAUUGCGGACGCCAGCUGCAGAAAGAGCAGAUCUUUGCGCGAUUCCGGCGGGGCCUCGGCGCGCCGGAGAUGAACUGCGGGUCUCCCGACCAGCUACCGCCGGCAUCGGCGCCGUCGUGCUUCCUCAACCUCAACUGGGACCAGUCCAUGGCCGCGGCCGCGGCCGGCGACCACCUCGACCCGGCGCUCAGCUCGAUGGUCUCCUCCCCGGCGUCGAACUCGACGGCCGCCGCGGCGACUGACGGCCUCGCUCUCCAUGGGAUCUCACCGCAGCCGCAGUACGGUGGCACUCCUCUCAGCUCGCCUCCCAGGCUUAACCUCUCCAUGAUGGGCCAGUUCCACCACUACCCGCCGCCGCAGGUCGGUGGUGCCGGAGCCGGCGGCUUGCCAAUCCUGGAGAACUUGAUGCCCGUGGGCCAUCUAGACCAGUUCCUCGCCGACCCAGGCUUCGCCGAGCGCGCGGCGAGGCUUUCCGGCUUUGACGGCCGCGCCGGCGGUAGCGGUUAUGGCGGCGCCGUCCCGGGACAGUUCGGCCUCCCGGACGCCGGCCCAGUCGGCGCAUUGAAGGAGCUAGAGCUCGGCAACGGCCGGGACGAGUCAUCGGUGUCCAAUCCGGCGUCGGCAAGCGCGGAGAUGGCGCUGAAGGGGCCUUCCGACGGCAAUGCAAGGAAGCGGAAGGCAAACGGCAAGGGGAAAGGCAAGGACGGUCCCAUGCCCACCUCCGCCAAGGAUCUCGCCAAGGUAUGUGAACAAUUGCGUUCGGUUUGGUGCUCCAAUUCGCCACGCAGUUCAGUUUUGGAGCAAAUAUUUUAUUUUUGGAGCGUUUUGCAGGAGGAAUCCAGCGGGAAGCGGUGUAAAUCGGCGGACGAGAGUAAUGGCGCGGAGGAGAAUUCGGCCAAGGGGAAGGCUGCGCAGAGCAACAGCGAGAAUGGUGGCAAGAAGCAGGGGAAGGAUAGCACGUCGAAGCUCCCCGAACCGCCCAAGGACUACAUCCAUGUCCGGGCGAGGCGCGGUGAGGCGACAGACAGCCACAGCCUCGCCGAGAGGGUUAGAAGGGAAAAAAUUAGCCAGAGGAUGAAGCUGCUGCAGGAUCUUGUGCCGGGUUGCAACAAGGUGGUUGGCAAGGCAGUCAUGCUCGAUGAAAUCAUAAACUACGUGCAAUCCUUGCAACGGCAAGUCGAGUUUCUGUCAAUGAAAUUGGCCACUGUGAAUCCCCAGCUGGACUUCAACAAUUUGCCUAACGUCCUUCCUAAAGAUAUGCACCAGUCGUGUGGCCCAUUGCAGAACUCGCAUUUUCCACUAGAGACCUCAGGUGCACCACUGUCAUACAUUAACCAGCCUCACCAGGGGAACCCUCUAGGCUGCAGCCUAACCAAUGGCAUGGACAACCAGAGUUCUAUGCACCCGCUAGACCCUGCAUUUUGCCGACCGAUGAAUUCACAGCAUCCCUUUCUCAAUGGAUGUAGUGAUGCGGCCUCUCAGGUUGGGACUUUCUGGCAAGAUGAUCUUCAAAGUGUUGUUCAAAUGGAUAUCCGGCAAAGUCACGAGAUUGCCACCUCGUCGAACAGCUACAAUGGUUCAUUGCAAACAGUCCACAUGAAAAUGGAGCUUUGACAUAGCUAAAAGCAGUCCAAAGCUCGACGCCCGUGUAUAUAAAGAGAGGUCAGGUUGCAGCGGAAGCACUCUGAGAUUCAACCUAACAACGUUGGGCCCUAGCAGUGUUUUAGCUUCUAAUUUUCACCCUGGUGUAAUGAUUCUUUGAACACAAUGAAAAGCACCACGCACGGCGGUUGGUUUCAUCAUCGCUUGUUUAGCUAGAAGAUCCUUACCCUCUCAAGCGAGAGGGAAGACGUGUAAUAUCAUUUGUAUUGUCAUUAUAUUUGUAGCUGAUAUAUAUAUUUAAGAUCCUUUAUGCCUGCA